AUGGCUAAGCGAAUUGCCGACUCUCAAAUGACUAGAGAGAAUAGAGAAAAUAGCGAGGAUGAUGAACCCACAGUUACCGUCGCAUCAACUGAUAUUAUGAGCAAAAGAAAGAUUGCGAUGCCAAAACGUAAGAUGGCGUUUAAAUCCAUUAACUCAGAGUCCGUUGCAAAAUCUGAGUCCUCUUUUGGUAAGGCAUUCACUUUUAAUAAGAAGCCUAGCCCAGAAAAAGAUGACAAAGGCGCUAAAUUAAAGGCUUUAAAUCUUCAAUUUAAAGAAAAGAUAACAGAUUUUAUAAAUAGAGACCCUUGCGUCAAUCUCUCUUCUGUUUUCUCAAAGUAUGAGACCUACCUCAAGACAAUCAACGGCUCAGAUUCACCAGCUGUUAUUGCUGCACCAGUAACAGCUCCAUCAGGUGCCGCCUCAUCACCGCCAAUUGAAAUAAAGAAAUCUAUAACACCAACUUUAGCUCCUGUAAAUAAGGACGCAGAAGAAGAAUCUUCAUCAUCUUCUUCUGAAGAGGAAGAAGUCAAGGUUGAAGGUCCAGUUUUUACCUUACAGGCAAAGCCAACUACAUCUGAUUCUCCCUUCACUUUUGAUAAGAAAAAGCUUGAGCAGAAAAAUGCUGAUAGCGACAGCGAUAACGAAAUAGAAAUUAAAGGUCCAAGCUUUACAUUCACAGGAAAAGCCAAGAGUGAUGUUUUUGAGUUAAACAGUUCAGGCGCUACCGAAGCAAACAAAACCUUCUUCAAUUUUAAUAAAGCCGCAAAAGAAAACGAUGCAGAAGAAAAAAAGAAGCCAUCAUUUACUUUUAAUGUGCCAGUUACAACUGCCAAGGAUAAUACUAAUGAAAUAAAAAAGCCCUCUCUUACUUUUGGUUCGCAAGUAAACACUGCUGAAAAAGAAGAAACAAACGACGUUGCUGCAAUUUCAUCUUCAGCUGUAACCGCUAAUGAUACUGAAUCCAGUAAAGAGGAAUCAAAGCAACCAGCAACUUUCUCUUUUGCUAAGCCAUCAAAUUCCGAAACGCAACCAUCUACUGCCUUUACAUUUAAUGUAUCUGCUAAUACUACCAAUGAAGAGUCUAACCCAUUUACUGUAAAGGCGUUGGGGUCUGCUGAGUCAAAUUCCACUGGGAAUCCCUUUACAAACAGUACGUCCACUCAUCCAGAGGUUAAGAAGCCAUCUUUUACAUUUGGUUCAAUGACACAAGCGAACCCUACUGAAUCAAAAGAAAAAGCAUCGUUCACAUUUGGAAAGCCAACAACUGAAAUAGCUGAGGGAGAAGCAAAGAAUUCAGAACCAACUGUCGAAACAAAGAAAGUUCAAGAAAAACCUAGUUUCUCAUUCAGUGUAGCUUCAAAAGACAAAAAUGCUGCCGAAGAUUCUAAAACAGAUGGAAAACCUCAGUUUUCAUUUUCCUUCAAGAAACCAAAUGAUGAAUCUAACAUUUCUUCUUCACCCUUUGGAAAAAAACCAGCCGAAAAUACAGAAAAUGCCACGAUAACUGACGCCCCAAAACCAUCAUUUACAUUUGGAGCACCUUCCCUAAGCGAUAAUGAAAAGAAAGAAGGUAAACCAGCUUUCUCUUUCGGCAAUGUCCCUGCCGCUCCUUCUUUUACAUUUGGUCAAGCAAGUAACACUUCAAGUACUAGUGCUACUUCCGAACCCAAAUCUACUCCUACUGCAGGAUUCAAGUUUUCUUUACCCUUUGGAGAAAGCACUCAAGCGACAGGAACCGCUCAACCACCAACUUCAAGUACUGCAAAUACAGAGGCUGAAACAGCUGCUGCAGAAGAAACUAAGGAAGCUGAUGCUAACGAUCCAAGGGGAAUAAAUAUGCAGAAUGGUGAAGAAAACGAAAUCGUUAUUUUUUCUCAAAGAGCUAAACUAAUGGUCUUCAAUCCUGAAAGUAAAAACUACGAUUCUCGCGGUGUUGGUGAAAUGAAACUACUGCAACAAAAAGAUGAUAAAUCUAAACUCAGGUUACUCUGCAGGUCUGAUGGUAUGGGUAAUAUUCUAAUGAAUACAAGUAUAGUAAAGUCAUUCAAUUAUGAACCAUUGACUGCGGAUAAUGAUAACUUAGUCAGAACUCCAACUGUUGAUACUGAUGGGAAGUUGAUCACUUUCAUUGUAAAGUUUAAGCAAAAAGCUGAUGGGCGUUCAUUCAUAAAAUCCAUUGAAGAUUCCAAAAAAGAUAUGUAA